CCUGAAAGCCCACAGCCAGCUACUGUGGCUUCCCAUCUGACUGCGGGCUUGUCCUGAGCACGUGGGCCUCCAGCCUGAUGGGCCAGGGGGCCUUAGCCUCUGAGUCAGGGCCUCUGUCCCUGCAGGUGCUUCUAGAAGAGCUGGGUCUCUUCCCUGCAGGAUGGCUGGCUUUCCACGCCUGCUGCACCCUUGUUCCCGCCCCGGCCAGGACUAAAGGGGACAAAAGCCUUGCCUCUUCCUUUCAGUUUCCUCUGGCUGCAUCUCUCCUCCCCAGAUCUGAGUCCUGAGUUCCAAAAAGAGUGGCAGAUCCUACUCUCCCUCCCAGGCCGGGCCCUGGGGGCCUCCCAACUCUGGCAGCAGCAGGGGGCAGGUGAUGGGGAGCUGGAGGCUGCUAGAGGCUCCUAGAGACUAAGGCUUCUGAAGCUGGAAGUCAGCAGCCUGUGUGGGGCAGGAUGUUGAGAGGGUGGGAGAAGAAGCACGUGUGUGUGUGUGUGUGUGGAGAGAGAGAGAGAGAGAGAGAGAAAGAGGGAGAGAACUUGUGUGUGGGGCCCAGGAUGAGGAGCCUGGGUGCGUCACUGUUGCUGUGAGAGUAGACAAGUGUGACUCAGUGAGAACAUCCGGCAGGAAAGGAGGAGAGAGCACAGUGGCAUUUGCAAGCAGGAUGGGAACUCUGGCGCUGCAGGGAUGGGGUGUGGGGCCUGGUGAAGGCCUGGAGAAGGAAAGGGCUUAGUGUUGUGGAGCGGAGGGGUUGCGGGGAAGGAUAGGAAGGAAAAGGGGGAGCAGAGAUUUGGCCUCUGACUGCCUGGGCUGGUUUGGGAAGACAGAGAGGCAGAGAAGCUUUCUGCUCCAGACAGAGGGGACGGGGAAACUGAAACUGACCCCAGGUUAUCCUAAUGGAGGGUGUACCAUGCUUCCUGGUACCCCUAGCCUUUGGCCCGAGAGGCUCCAGGAUGUGAAUGGCUGGACAGGGCAGGGACACCAGCCUCAGCUGUGCGAGGGUGAUUGGGAGAGGCUUUCCUGAGAAGGGCUACAUUCUUCCUCUGGGUCAGAGACUGGAAGGGAAGAGCAAGACCAGGAAGGGCCUGGCAGAGAGGAGCCUGAGGGAGGAAGGCUGUGGGUGCUCUGAGCUGAUGCUAAGGGCCCUGAAGGGAGGUCUCAUACCAAGGGUCAGAAACCAGACGACAGGGCGCCUCCCAGAAGUGGCUGUGCUAGAGUGAUUAACACGGUAUUUUAGGUAUGAGGUAGUGUGUGGUGGCUUCAGGGAGCUUCUCAAAGCUCUGAAUGCCUUCAACGAAGGCUGGUAGAGCCAGCUGGACAGGGAGGCCACCUGAGGUGGAGGCCUCAGAUCUCGGGGUCUGAUGGGAGGGAUAGAGGCCUGCCUGUGGCAGGCAGGCCUGGGCAGAGGUCCUGCCUCCUUUGUGGGCUCGACACAAGUCCCUGAGGAUGCUGGGACAGGGUAGGGAGAGGUGCUGGGCAGGACCAGCUGGCUGCCGGUGCCCCGGUCCUGCCCUCUGUGAGUGGAAGAGUGGGGGUGGUGGUGCAGUGUUCCUGGCUGGGAGCCCAGAGGAGUCUUUUGUAAUCACAACAUGAUCUCGUGUGCUAAGCAGCGAAGCCGGCAGGGAGAGGCCAGCAGAGGCCCAGCUCCGGCGGCUCCGGCUUCCCUCCUGCUCUGGCUCCCCUAGGGCUGCUCUGGAAUUCUCUUGGUGCCUGCUGUUGCCAUGCACCCAGCUGGGCCUCAUAGAACCGAGUCCCUGAUGAGCAGGCAGCAGGAGAAGGAUGCUGAGUUGGAUCGCAGGAUAAUUGCCCUGCGCAAGAAGAACCAGGCCUUACUGCGCAGGUACCAGGAAAUCCAGGAAGACCGUUGGCAGGCAGAGCAGGGGGGCAUGGCUGUGACUGCACCGGGGGUCCUCCUACCAGACAGCCUUACAGUCACCAUCAGCCAGGUUCCCGGUGAGAAGCGGGUCGUCAGCAGGAACUGGGUGAGGAGCCCUCCUGGACCUGGUGUGCCCAACGAGAUGCUCAAGGGUGAGCAUGCCCAGGACCGCAGGGGGAUUUUCUGCUUGGGGGAGCGAGUGGAACUGGCCGUGACCAUGGAAAACAAAGCCAAGGCUAAACGGAUCGUGAGUGAGAAGCCCGCUAGAGCACGGAGCCAGGGGGCAGGUGGGUCACCCGGAGGGGGCUGCGGCCAGAGCUGCCCCACGCAGACAGCCGUCAGCUCGGAUGCUGUGAGGAAGGGUGCUUGGGAACCCCGGAGUCCAGGCGUGGCCCCAGGCCCAGCUCCCCGGCGGCCAGUGGGGGAGACCCCGGAGUCACAGUCGGGGGGCUGGGACUAUGCGCAGUGGAAGCAGGAGCGGGCACAGAUUGACCUGGCCCGCCUCGCCCGGCACAGAGACGCACAGGGUGACUGGCGCCGCCCGUGGGACCUGGACAAGGCCGAGCCCACGCUACAGGACUGCAGUGCGCCCUGGGACGAGGGUCCUGUCAGGGUGGGCAGCAGAAAGGGCCUCAGGGGCCAAUGGAAGGUACAGCCCCCACUGCUGUCCCCUGAUGGGAAAGGUUGGGGUGAACAGCCUGGCAGACCUUCAGUUUUGCCAGCCACUGGCAGCAAACCCCGGGGGAAAGAGAGGCUGACUGGCAGGGCCCGAAGGUGGGAUGCAAAGGAAGACGAGGAGGAGCUGCAGAGUCAUGAGGGAAGCCAGAGCACCAGAAAGCCUUCCAGGGCAGAGGAGCAAGCACAGAAGCAGAGUGACACAGAGCUGGGCAGACUGGAGGGGAGCCUGGCAACCGGCCUAGCCCCAACCUCCCCACAGGGGCCAAAAGGGGAGUCGGGGGCCUCGACAGCCAGCUCGGCCCCUGGCUCUCCCCAAAACACUGACCUGGCUCCCCUCGACCUCUCUCUAGGAGGACCCAGCAGCCCCAGGCCUGGAGAGAGUACAUGUGUGCUCAGUCCAGGGCCUGGGGCCCAGGAGAGCCCAGUGUCCCUGCCAGGUGGCUCCCAGAAGCAGCCCCUGGAGUGUAAUGACCACCCGUCUGGGCCAGAAGUUCAGACUUUCUCUGGGCCAGGGAAAGGAUCAGGGGCCUUAGAGCCCAGAGAGGACAGGGCUGGCAAGGCUGGAGCUCAGCAGAAACUGGCUCCCACCCGCAGGCCCCCCAGAGGAACCAGCCAAAGAGUGAGAGGGAUGGCUGCGAGGAGCAGGACAGGGGCUCCUGGCCCUUCAGGAAGAUGCUGAGCAUGACUCCCAGGUGCUGGAAGCCAGGCUGGGGAGAAGAAGCAGAAACUCAGUCAGAAGUCAGUCUGGUUGCUGGUGGAGGGCUGAGCAGUGUGGCAAACCCGCCAACAGGGAUGCCUCCUUCCCUGCACCUCGCCUGCGCAUCCCUGAGCUUGCUCGGGCCCCUGGCAUAUUCCCAUGCUGGGACCAGGUAUCCAAGACUGGUUACCUGACCUGUGCCCACCACUGCUCAGGUCAUAGGCCUUUUCUGCCACGGUACGGAGCAGGGCUUGGUAACCCCCAGCACCUGGUUUUCCUGGCUACCCAUCAUCCCCAGGGCUUCUGCCUCCUCAACCCAGGCAGGCUCCUGGCUGGCAUGGUAAGCCUGGGCCCAGGUCCUUUCCAUGUCUUGCCUCUCUCCCAGGUGGCUCACAGGAUGGUCAAGCCCAGAGAACCUCUUCAGCCAUCUCCUGUCAGCCUCCUGCUUCUCCUAAAGAGGACUCUGAGGUCCAGUUGGUGGAGUCUGGGCUGGGAGCAGAACAGAAGAGUAGACGAUGUGAAGAGGAGGGUGUCUGGAAAGGCCUCCUCUCUGAAAUAGGGCAGGCUGGGGAGGGGACACCUCAUGAACCCAAAGAGGCUCUCCCUUUCCCUGCAGCGGGUCAGACAUGUGCACCCAGAAGGGAAACGAGGGUAAUUUCCUGCCCUCUCCUCUUCCUCCCCUACCUCCUGCACCAAGGCCAUGACAAAGCAAGGAAUCAGAGACAGAGACUCCAGAGACAGACAGACAGUGACUCUGGCUAAGUAGGACAUCAGGUCUUGUCUCUCCUACUUAGUCUCCAUUCCCGCACUCCCUGCCAAGGCCCAUGCCUGAUGAAUUAUCUAGACUCAGCACAAGCUGUGGCUUCCUUUCAAUUCAACAAACAUUUCCUGAGCACCCUCUACCAGUAAUCCAGCCGGUGGGCGACGGUGGCUUUGCCAGAAAGAGGGAGGGAAGAAACCCAGUCAUCAGCAGCUCUAGGCUGAACAGCAGGCACUGUUCUUGGCUACAGAUGCCUGGCAGUACUGGGGGCAGGACAGUGGUAAGAGCUGAUACAGCCAUCUCUGCUUGGUGGAGGCAGACGCUCCUGUCUGAUGUGACCCGUGCCCUCUGUGCCCAAGCCCUUGCCUGGACCUCAGCAUGUGGCCCCUUCUGCUUCCCUCCUCUCUGGUCCUCUGUGGGUCUUCCUGAGAGGCUGGUGGACCUCACAGACCCUCUUGAGGCUCUAGGGAGAGUCCGGAUCAUCCCCAGAAUAUCACUACAGUUAGGCCAGAACCGUGGAGUGGCAGCUCAGUCUUCCUCCCUGGCUCUUGGCUCCUCCCCACCCUCUACUCAGAAAGGGAUCUCUUCAGCAGACCAGAUAGAGAAGCCCUCUCACCCUUUCCUGUGAAGAGUCAGGCAGGUUCUGGAGAGGGCCUACAAGUGAGGCCUGCUGUUCCUGCUGGUUCCUAGACUCUACCUUUUGAGCAGUAAGGGCCUGGAUGAGAAUGUGAGGAGGGCUGAGAGAGAAGGCAGACCUAAAGGGCAGGUUGCUGGCUAUGUAGGAGUGGGGAAGGGUUACCGCUGCCUGGGGCAGCAAGUAUCUUGGUUUCAGAGUGGAAUGAAAGCAGAGGCUCCUGGGAAAAUCUCCAGGAAGCAGUGAGGGGUGGUGCCAACUCAGUGCAGUACACCAAGAAGCUGGUCAGGGAUUUUUGGUGGUGAAUGGGUAAAAGUGGUGGGUGUGAAGUCAGACAGAAGCUUGGGAAGGCUGGAAAAUAUCCCUAUGCACCUGGGCAACAUCUGGGCCAGGGCAAAGACGCCUAGCUCAAGCUUUCCUCUUGUCUUACAGUCAUAAAUUUAUAGUUUUGUAGUAUGGCACAGGCCCCAGAGCUCAUGACUCCCAAAGGACCAGGCUGAGGGGAGCAGGUUCAGGUAGAGCCCUUGAGUUUGGAUGUCUCUGAAAAUGAUUUCAAUCAAAAAUCUGAAUUCUGGACUGGGGAUGUGGUCCCCAGUGUAGUCUGUGGUAGAACACAUGCUUAGCACAAUGAGGCCCUGGAUCUGAUCCCAGUAGCACAUCAAAAACAAAAAAAAA